UCCGCGAGAGCCGCCUCCUUCUUCGCCUGCGACUUCCCGGAAAGCGGGGCGCAGGUUGAGGAUCGCGGCCAGGAUGGCUCUGCGCUCUGCGCCCCUCUUGCUCCUGGUGUUGGUGGGGUUCGCCCUGCAGGAGAGCUGCUUCGGUUCCUCUUCGCACUCCAUGAAAUAUUUCUACACCUCCAUCUCGGAACUGCCGCGUCAGGAACUGCCCCAUUUUGUUGUCCGGGGGUAUGUGGACGAUCAGGUCUUCACUUAUUAUGAUAGCCACAGCAGGAAGUUCCAGCCUGGAGUCUCUUGGAUGGAGAAGGUGGAGGAGGAGGACCCCCAAUACUGGGACAGAUACACCCAGAUAUUACGUAAUGAAGAGCAGCUGUUCAGAGGAAACCUGGAGACUCUGAGGAGUCGCUACAACCAGAGCGAAGGCUUUCACAUGUGGCAGUUGACCUAUGGCUGUGAGCUCCUGGCUGACGGGAGCAAAAGAGGGUUUGCGCAGUAUGGAUAUGAUGGGAGGACCUUCAUCACCUUUGACAAGGAGACCCUCACCUGGGUGGCUUCCGAUCCCCUGGCCCAGAUCACCCAGAGGAGAUGGAAUGUUAAUCCAGGAUUGGAUCAGGGAAGGAAGUCCUACCUGGAGGAGGUAUGCAUUGAGUGGAUAAAGAAGUUCCUGUCCUACGGGAAGGAGACGCUGCUGAGGAUAGAGCCACCAGUGGUGACAAUGAGCAGCAGGACAGAGGUGGAGGAUGGGAUGGAGACACACGUCUGCCGGGUCCACGGCUUCUACCCCAGGGAGAUCGAUGCCUCCUGGAAGAGGGACGGGGAGGUCUGGCUGCAGGACACCCUCCAUGGGUCUGUGGUUCCCAACGCAGAUGGGACCUACCACUACUGGCUCAGCAUCCAGAUCGAUCCCAAAGAGAGGGGACGCUAUCGAUGCCACGUGGAGCACGAUGGGCUGCCGGAGUCUCUGGACGUUGCCCUGAAGGAAUCCAACCUGGGGCUCAUCAUUGGCUGCGUUGUGGCUGGUCUUGUCCUGGGGUGUCUGAUUGCUGGAACUUUGAUAUUCUUCAAGAAAUAUCGAAAUAAGUACAGAGCAGGAUCAAGAGAGUGAUUGGUCCUCUUUACAUGGUAGCUCCAAGUCAGAAUGAGAAUCAGAGGCAACAUCUGUUGAGAUUUUUGUGCAAAGACAAAAGAAGCUCAUGAAGAGUUCUGCUAUUUUCCUCUCAGGAACUAAGCUGUGGAAAGUGAGUCUCCUUUCAUCACAGCUGCUAGGCUGUUCUUAGGAGUGUGACUCCAAUUAGAAACAUCUGGAACAAGGUACCCUCAAGAAGGUGAGAAGACCCAGCUGGGUGGAAGAUCCCUCUGACUGAGAAGCGGCUCUGUUUUCCAAGAAGGUAGAAAGGAGAGGCUUGGCCAUCACAUGAUCUGAUCAGCAGGAGGCAUUUUAUUAUUAUUUUAUUUAUUAUUAUUUUAUUAGAUUUAUAAACCGCCCUUCUCCCGAAGGACUCAGGGCGGUGUACAGCCAAGGUAAAAAAGAAACAAUGUACAAUUAAAAGUAAAUUAAAAAACUUAUUAUACAGUGCGGCCGAGAAUUAAAAUGGUUAAAAAUCUAAAAACCCCAAUUUAAGACUUAAAUAAAAUUUAAAAUUUGAAAUCUAGACAAUUUAAGAAAGCCCCGCGCGAACAAACAAAUAUGUUUUCAGUUCGCGGCGAAAGGUCUGAAGGUCAGGUAUUUGACGUAAACCAGGGGGAAGUUCAUUCCAAAGAGUAGGAGCCCCCACAGAGAAGGAUCUUCCCCUGUGGGCCACCAGCCGACAUUGCCUAGCGGACGGCACCCCGAGAAGUCCCUCUCUGUGUGAGCGUACGGGUCAGUGGGAGGCAUGAGGUAACAGCAGGCGGUCCCGUAAGUUUUGAGAGAAAAUGAGCUUUGGUAGAUAGAUGCCAGCUGGAUCUCCUCUUGCUCUGCCACCACAAGGCUCUCCUAGUAUGAACUGACUGGAGAAAGAGACUUUGGAGCCAUGUGUAUGUCGUGCUCCUUCUGUGGCUGGUUAUUAUUAUUAUUAUUAUUUAUUAGAUUUUUAUACCGCCCUUCUCCCAAAGGACUCAGGACUCAUAUGGUUCUGGUGAAAUCAAUUUUUUUGGGGUAGUUUUUUUAAUUUAUUUAUUUAUUUGUCAAACACAACAGUAUAUAUAAGUAUAAGCAUGAAAUAACCGUACGAAUCGGAUACAAUCAAAGGGAAUAUUAGGACAGGAACGGUAGACACGCUGGUGCUCUUAUGCACGCCCCUUACAGACCUCUUAGGAAUGGGGUGAGGUCAAUAGUAGAUAGUCUUUGGUUGAAGCUUUUGGGAUUUUGGGAAGAGACCACAGAGUCAGGUAGUGCAUUCCAGGCAAUAACAACUCUGUUACUGAAGUCAUAUUUUCUUCAAUCAAGAUUGGAGUGGUUCAGUUUACGUUUAAAUCGUAUCGUGUGCUCAUGUAUUGUUGGGUCAAUUUUGCUAGGGAACCUGAGGAGUAAAUCAUUCAGAUCUGCUUAGAGAGAGAAGUCAGGAGGGGAUGACUGAGAUUUUGUCUUCCCAGGAAAUGUGGGAUGAAUUUGGUCUUGGGCCUCCUGAGCGAGUGGGUGGGGCCCUUUGCAGCAGAGGCUGUGCCUGGUAUCCUCUGCAUUUCCUACCCCUCCUGGCUGAUGGAAACCUCUGCAGUUGACAGGGAACAACGGGCCUCUGGUAGCUCAGACUGGUAAGACAGUCUGUUAUUAACAGCAGCUGCUUGCAGUUACUGCAGGUUCAAGUCCCACCAGGCCCAAGGUUGACUCAGCCUUCCAUCCUUUAUAAGGUAAGUAAAAUGAGGACCCAGAUUGUUGGGGGCAAUAAGUUGACUUUGUAUAUAAUAUACAAAUGGAUGAAGACUAUUGCUUGACAUAGUGUAAGCCGCCCUGAGUCUUCGGAGAAGGGCGGGAUAUAAAUGCAAAUUAAAAAAUUAAAAAACAAACAAACAAGGCAACAAUAAACGGUUCCUUGGCGUCAUUUGACACACAGACACAGAAGCACCUCUAUCUUCCUUCCCCUCCUUAUAAAAAUGCCUUACGGAUCUGAACCUCCCCAAAACGCAUCCCAUUUCCUUCCCUGUAAGGUCAAGGUCUCACUUUGCUUCAUGGAUACAACCAGGAAGCUUUCUUGGCAUUGUGGCAGAAAUGGCCAAUCGCACCUUCUCUCAGGAUGGUUUUUGAGGGUCGGCCUGGAAAAGAAGGCCUUGCCUAUCCGACAAAUACUAAACGGCCUAACCCACUUUGUAUUUUAGGAUUUAAAAAGGCUUGAAGGGAGUCUGCCAAUUCAUGUGGAGUCCUGACUCACCUGAAGCAAAUGAGUGCAGGGAUCUUCGCUGUUUACCUCCCACUGAAAACACCUUUCCCAAUGAAUGGAAGGCAGAGCAAAGUUGGGCCUUACCCAGAGCGGCUAUAUUUCUAAAAACCUUCAACAUGAUAUCCCUGCAGAAGGCAGUGGUGGGUUUCUACCGGUUCGACCUGGUUUGGGCGAACUGGUAGUGGCCGUGGCGGGAGGCUCCGCCCACCUGCCCUUAUGUCAUCACGGCCAGUCUGCGCAUGUGCAGAAGCGCCGCGCACAAGCAAAGCAAAUGUGCACACAUGGGCGCUCCCAGUUCCGAAUCGGUAGCGAAGGUAAGUGACCCACUACUGGCCGAAGGCCCUCCAACUGGGAUCUAGCAGUGCCUAUUCUUCCUCUGUCAAAUCAAGAGCCAUAAAGUGCCUCUGGUGGCUCAGACUGGUAAGACAGUCUGUUAUUAAUAGCAGCUGCUUGCAAUUACUGCAGGUUCAAGCCCCACCAGGCCCAAGGUUGACUCAGCCUUCCAUCCUUUAUUAGGUAGGUAAAAUGAGGACCCAGAUUGUUGGGGGCAAUAAAAGUUGACUUUGUAUAUAAUAUACAAAUGGAUGAAGACUAUUGCUUGAUAUAGUGUAAGCCGCCCUGAGUCUUCAGAGAAGGGCGGGAUAUAAAUGCAAAUAAAAUUUUUUUUAUCUCCGUCUGAGUUUUUUACAUCUUAAAAGCCUAGCAUUUUAAUACGGGUGUAUAGGUUGUGUGAUACCUGGGUAUCAUACAUUUCAAUACAAAUAGGCAUAACAUUAUUAUUCCUGAUAAUACAUUCCAUUUUCAUUUUUCAUCUUUGUAACACAAAGCUUUUACUAUCGUCCUUCAGUUCUAAACUUUCUCCUACUUCUUCCGUACAUUGUAACAUUUUAAUAUCUAUUUUUACUAUUAUUCCCCUCUUAUUUCUAUCUCUAUUUUAACCUUCUCCCCCACCUCCAUGUCACUCUAAUAUUCAAAGACGUGAUCUUUCCUUCUUUCAUUAUGCAAUAUAAGGGACGUGCAUAAGAGCACCAGCGUGCCUUCCGUUCCUGUCCUAAUGUUCCCUUUGGUUGUAUUCACUUUGUGCGUUUAUUUCAUGCUUAUACUUAUAUAUAUUGUUUAGUAUGUGUUUGACAAAAUAAAAGGGGCCUCUGUGGCUCAGACUGCUAAGACAGUCUGUUAUUAACACAGCUGCUUGCAAUUACUGCAGGUUUUAGUCCCACCAGGCCCAAGGUUGACUCAGCCUUCCAUCCUUUAUAAGGUAGGUAAAAUGAGGAUCCAGAUUGUUGGGGGCAAUAAGUUGACUUUGUAUAUAAUAUACAAAUGGAUGAAGACUUGCUUGACAUAGUGUAAGCCGCCCGGAGUCUUCGGAGAAGGGCGGGAUAUAAAUGCAAAUAAAAUAAAUAAAUAAAUAAAUAUAAAUGCAAGUAAAAAAAAAAAUCAAAUCAAAUAUCUCAGUAUACAUUUCUGGUACCUGUCACAAUCAUUCCAACGUUUAAUACACAUCUGUUCAUAUUCCUCUUCUUUCCGGUCCUUCAAUCCUUAUAUUUCUACUAUGGAUACAUGUUUUCAUUAAAAUAUAUUUUCAUUAUCUAAUCUCAGAUUGUUUAGUUUUAAUUCCCACUGUUAAUCACAUUUUUAUAUCUAUUCGAUAGUAUCCUCACAUAACUUCCAGUUACCUAGUUUACAAAGUAAUUUUGUAGAAAUUACAAAAGAAGUUUGGGGUUAUAGUUCCAGCAUUUUAAAAAUGCCUUCUCCACAUCACGCCUUUCAACCUUACACGGGUAUGUAUGGAAAUCAAGAUGAAUUAUGCAAAAAAAAAAAAAAAGAAAUCUGGAUUUUGCAAACAGUGGGGACAUGGUUGGUAUAUAAGUUGGGCAAAGGAAAAAAAAACAGCAGUCAAAGGUGUUAAGUCCUCGGACUUACGACGCCGGCUCGAGCCUUGCCAACAGCAGACGACUGCUGAUUGGCUGAGGCGCUAGCCGGCUAAAAAGCGGGAAAUUUGCAGCCCAGCGAUUGGAGCCUCCUUCUGACAGCAACCCUAUUUAAGGCUGUCAGAAGUUCCUGAGGCGUUUUCUUUUUCCUCUGUAUUCUGGCUGUCAGAGCCAGCUGUUGCAGUCAGUGCUUGUUGCGCUUGUUAAUAAAGUUGUUGCAUCUGAAGCCUGUCUGUCUUGUCCUACCCACCCUCAACAUACACAAUACUGGCGACGAGGAUGGGAUACAUCAUACAACAUACACAAUAAAAAGGAGAGUUCCUAUUCAUCAUUGCCUAGCAACAGAGUAAAUGUUCCAAUGUGACAGUUGGUUGCUUCCUAUAUAAGAGGUUGGGCUGCCUUCGUUCGCUUUGUUGGAAUCCACAUUUAGCUCAGAUGGAUGUGAAUUUCACUCUUGAAUCUCAGCCCUUUAGACCUGCUGACGACCUUGAACUCGACCUUGGACUAACUUUAGAUGAUUCUUGGAAGCUCCUCUUCAAAGUAUUCUGCAGGCAAGGCUUCGCUUUGGAUGAGCUUCCCGGGAACAUUUCUGUUACCUGAUAAUGAAACCUGAUAUUCUCCUACAGGACUAAAAUUAAAUGCAGGCAGCGCUUUGCCUGGGAUUAUAGGCUUCAUUAUUGGGCAUUUUAAAAGAGGACAUUUACACUUUUAACAUGGCAGUCUGGAUAUCUUUUUUUUAACUUUAAGGCAGCAUGUUUUUCUCUCCUUAGCCAGGCCUGUUUCUUUUGCUAUGGGAGAACUUGCUUUUUCAGCAACUGCGCAAGGGUCUUCUGGAAGACUUUUGGAUGCACCUGCAAGUCAGUGGUGGUUCCUACCGGUUUGCCCUGGUUCAUGCGAACCGGUAGUGGCUUCGGCAGCGGGAGGCUCCUCCCACCCACCCAAUUGUCAUCCCGAAGGACUCAGGGCGGUGAACAGGCCAAUAAAAUACAAACAGCAACAAGCAACCAUUAAAACAAUCCUUAAAAAACUGAUUCAAGACGCCAGAAAAUUUAAAAUACCAUUACACCCCAUAAAAAUUACAGAAAUUUAAAACCCACAAUUAAAAUUUAAAAUUCAAAAUCAGGCCAGUCCAGCCAUAUGAAAUAAAUAAGUUUUAAAUUUGCGGCGAAAGGUCCUAAGGUCAGGUAGUUGUCGAAGCCCGGGGGGAAGCUCGUUCCACAGGGUAGGAGCCCCCACAGAGAAGGCCCUCCCCCUGGGGGCCACCAGUCGACAUUGUUUGGCCGACGGCACCCUGAGGAGUCCCUCUCUGUGGGAACGCACCGGACGUUGGGAGAUAGAAGCUGGCAGUAGGCAGUCCCGUAAACCGUCAACCGUCACAUGCCAAAAGCAGGGGGAGUUGCAUGCAUGCGUGCCCACACCCAUAAUUCAAUAUGCCCUGACCCCCCGCGCAUGCACCCGUGAACCCCUCAUGCCCCCCCACUUUUGGCCCAGUGGGCCCAGUAGGCCCAUUUUUCGCCCUCCGAAGGCUCCAGAGGCUUUCUAGGAGCCUGGGGAGGGCGAAAAUGGCCUCCCCACCCCCCGGAGGCCCUCCGGAGGCUGGAAACGGCCCAUUUCCUUACUUCUGGUGGGCCCGGAAGGCGCGAUAAUCAGCUGGGUGGUGCACGCGUGCGUGAUGGAGCUGAGCUAGGGCAACGCUCGCAUGCCCACAGAUAAUAGCUUUCCGUGCCACCUGUGGCACACAUGCCAUAGGUUCGCCAUCACAGGACUAUAAGUUUGCCACUUGUGGAAUGCCAUCUAAAAUUGUUUCUAUUCAAGCUUCACAUUUAAUCCAUCUGUUUUAUUGUUUGAUCGCUUGCUUUAUUUAUUUAUUUUUAUUUAUUUAUUUAUUUAUUUAUUUAUUUAUUUUGUCAAGCGUGUCUAAGAUAGAAGAAAUGGUUUUAUACGAAUACUUAGGGCAAUUUAUGGAGAGCAAACAGCUCAGAUAAUAAUUAAUGGUAGUUUAACAGAUAGUUUUAAAAUUGUGAAAGGAACAAGGCAGGGGUUGUCCUUUAUCACCUUUAUUGUUUAUUUGUCUG